UCAGACCAAGAACGACAACCCGAUUAUUGAAGCAGGCUUUGGACCGGACGCGUGAUGAAGCAAAUAAUUUCGUCCAUCGCGCGAUACGAAGUAGCCUUGUAGAGGGGGUUGCGUCGCGAAGAUCGCUGAUCGUCGAUCAACAUUGGCCCCGGUGCACCUGCCCUUCGGCUUCGAAUACUAUUUUGACGCUGGUAUCCUUUGCUGUGGCAUUUCUGUUUUCCAGCCCAGGGUCGUCAUGGGGUUCGUCGUUCUUCCUGCCCUCAUACCGGACAUUACGGCGGUAUACGAUGCCUACUUUGCUGCCUUCGCCGAAGAUCCCGUGACGCGCGCCCUCUUCCCGAAAGCCACAAAAGAAGACUUGACAAACUCCGAGUCAGAGUUUCGGAAGGCGCACACAGGUCGUGUUCUCUCGUACUGGCACACGUCCUCAACACAAUACACUCUGAAAUGCAUCGACCCAGCCACUGGCGUGAUCGCUGGCAUGGCUCUUUGGGAUGUCUAUCCCACGCCUAGUGAUUGGAAGAAAGGCGACGUAGCAUGGCUGGAAGGGAAAGAAAGGGAGAGGGCUGAGGCUCUAGUGGGUCCUCUGUGGAAUGUGAGAGAAAAGCUGUGGGAUAAAGAGCGAUAUAUCUAUUGUCACGUGACAGCUGUACGUCCGGAGUACCAGCGGAAAGGUGUGGGAAAGCUGUUGACGGAGUACGGUAUUCGGGUCGCAGAGCAGGCAGAACUGCCAAUUUAUGUUGAGAGCUCGAAGGAGGGUUUGGGACUAUAUGAAAAGUUAGGCUUCAGGCGGCUAACUGAGAAGAUUGUGCAUAAAGCCGGGGUGCUGUGGGUAGGAGAGGAGACGGGCGAUAAGAAUGAUUACGAAGUGCCACUGCUUGUGUGGAUACCAGAGGGGCAGAUAGGCAACUUGCCAAAAUCUGUGGAGCUGGCAUAGAUGGUGCACAGAAAAGAGGAGUGAUAGAAUGUGGAUAGAAUGAUAUUUGAUGAUGCGACAAUGCUACGUCAAGACGCU